UCCCCGAACUCAUCGGCUCGUUUAAGACAUCGCCUGGUAUAUCUUAUUCGGCGUUAGCACCUAGUGGUGUGGUGAAGUCAUUGUUGGCUCUAGUAGAAUAUGCCAAAGGUCGACUGGCUGCUGUGAGGCCAUUCUGGAAAUACUUCCCUAUUUACUUGAGGGCUACGGCUG